AAACCCUUCUUCCAUUUCAUUUCACGGCAGAAACGCUCCAUUAUAGCUGGGAGUGCGGUUCCCGUGCCAAUCUAGCCUAUGUGUGAUUAGCGCCUGCGAGAAAGGCAUAAGGCAAAACAAUCAUUUGUUGAUAUCCGUGCGUCAUCAGCUCACCGGCGGCAGAGACCACUGCGUCUCCGUCGUGCGUCAGAGCAGACCGGACUAAACGGGUCAAUAAGUGCACUCACCGAACCGGCGAUCGGCGCCUUAAUUGAGACCCACAGCCAAUCAUUCGGCCGGUGGCGACCUGAGCGCCUCAACCCGCGCAUGACCCGCAGUCCGCCGGAGUGACGCGUCUGGCGGCUGAGAGUGCGAGGUGGCCACGGCGGCGGCGGUGUUCGGCGGGGAGGAGAGCCGGAGGAGAUGCGCAUAUCUGCAGGUCUCUAGCGCGGUCGUAAAACAAGUCUGCGAGGAGCGCAGCCAUGCCCGGAGUGACCAAGUACAAUUUAGUGGAUGACGCGCUCGAUCUGAGGGUCCCCAUGCACAACGAGGAGGUUUUUAAUCAUGGGGUCUGCUUCGAGGCAAAGUACAUAGGCAGCCUGGAGGUGGGUCGCCCCGGCAGCAGAAUGGAGAUCGUCGCUGCAAUGAGGAGAAUCAGAUAUGAAUUCAAGCUGAAGAACAUAAAGAAAAAGAAGGUCAACAUCCUUGUGUCCACUGACUAUGUCAAAGUGAUCCUGCGUAAAAAGAAGAAGAGAAAGGGCUGGUCAUGGGAUGAGAGCUCCAUGCUACUGACGCAGGACCCCAUCUACAGGAUCUUCUACGUCUCGCACGAUGCUCAAGACUUGAAGAUAUUCAGUUAUAUAGCGAGAGAUGGACAGAGCAACGUUUUCCGCUGCAAUGUGUUCAAGUCUAAGAGGAAGUCUCAGGCCAUGAGAAUCGUGCGGACCGUGGGUCAGGCAUUUGAUGUGUGUCACCAGCUGACCCUCCAACAGAAAAGCGAGGAUCAGGAGGAUGAAGAGGGGAGGGCGGAGGAACUGGAGGCAGCACCAGCAAAGAAGAGGCUGGCGUUGUCAGAGGAGACAGACCUUGAAGCCACCACAGAGGAGAGCAUCGAUUGUGUCUCUUCAUCAGACCUGGAGAAGAACAAAAAGGACGAGGCCCUGGGUGCAGAUGCGAAGGUGUCUGAGGAUUCCCUUCUUCUGCUGGGCUCUCCCAUUAUUGAAGCUUCAGCGCUGGCCCAGACUCCAGGGGAAGUAUCUGGUUCUGCAGAGUAUCAGGUCCAGCUUCUUCAGAAACAGCUGCAGCAGCAGGAACAGCAAUCACUAGCGGCUUCAGCACAGGUCCACGUUCUCCAGGAGCAGCUGUCGGUGGAGAUGUGUGCACGCACUGAAGCCCAGGCCAGAGUUCAGAGGCUGCUGCAGCAGAACACAGACCUACUGCAACACAUUUCACUGCUGGUCAAACAGAUCCAGGAGCUGGAACUCAAAUCUGCCGGGCAAUUGACAUCUAUGGGUUCCCAGGACAGUCUUCUGGAGAUUACCUUCCGUGCCAAGCCCCCCAGUGCUCCCACUGCAUCCAUGACCCGUUCCUCAUCUGCAGGCCCAUUAGCGGCUCAUUCUCAGCUCCAGAUCAGUGACGGUACCUGGUUCCCGGCUCUGUCCGGGCCCUGUUCUCCAGCCACCACCGGCAGCGACUCCGUUCCUCUGGGGCCGAGCGGCAGCGGAGUCCGACUCGAGUGCUUCCGUUUCUCCACCCUGGUUUCAGACAGCCUAGCCGGGGGCCAAGACAUGGGAGAGACUCCCAGUGAUGAAAGCUCACUGCUGGGAGAGCAGGUCCUGGGGGCCUUGGAGCUGCUGUGCUUCAGAGAGUCGGGGAUUGGAUCGGAAUAUGAAUCGAACACGGAUGAAAGCGAUGACCGUGACAGCUGGGGCCAGGGGGAAGGAGCGGGGGCGGAUGGUGCUGCACGACUCCUAAAUGUGCUGAAUUCAGAGAGCCUGGCGGACUGCUUGGGGGAUGAGAUGGCUGUUUAGAGGUGUUCUGACAUCUGUAUGA